UGCCAACCGCCAUAUAAAGUCCAGAAAAGAAGAAGAAGCCUGAAGGAGGAGAGAUAACUAGAAACAAACUCAGUUUACUCUUUUAUCUGUGGAUUCAUUGUCGAAGUAGAGGACCUUGUGCAUUUCAGGGAAAAUACUAACCAAACCAAUGUCAGUGUGUUGGCAAAGGGAUCACUGUAGGAUGACAUUAAAGUCCCAGCGUGCCAAUAAUGGGGGGUGCUUUAUUAUUACCGUCUACAUCAGAUUCACUGGCAGGGGCAAUCCCAUGAACUGAAAGGCCAUGUCAAAUGUCGCUACAAGUGUAGAACCUCCCAUUUGUCGUAGUUAACUGAAAUUGGGCAUCCUUGUCUGCUCAGAAUGCCACGCCUACCUUUAUUCAUGUAAAGAACUCGACUGUGGUUCAUCAUCAUGUCAAACAAAGAUUAGUAAGUGCUAUUUAUUUUUUAAGAAUAUCAAGCUCUCCUGCAAAAAUCGAUUUAAAUUUGCCUUAAAAUUAUAUGAUAUAAUCAUACAAUUAUUGCCUAAUCUUAUUGAUUGCGCUGCCUUCAAAUAAUGGCUAUAGAUUAGACAAAAGCCUGCCAUUGUAUAAUUGGUGUGGAGUAUGUCGCUCAUAAAAAAUGAAACCAUCAAUUGUUCAGGCAUUCGCUAUAGCCAUUCAAGCUAUGGAGGAAAUGUACAGACUGUUACUGCCAAAUAAUGGACCCCGGCACUACCACGCGCUCAGUAUACCUCUGCUUUUCAUUGGUUCACUCAUCAUCAUCAGCACCAGGGAAGCUGAACAGCGCCAGAGGACGCGUAGCUUUCGGAGAAAAAAGGAGACAAGACAGAAUCCCUAAUGAAUCCUUAAUGUGUCUGACUUCAUCAAGCCAUGCGGCGACAAUUCGAUACAUUGAUUGUCUGAUUGGAUAGAACUGUGGUAGGCUAUAUAAUUUCUCUUUUCUUAAACAAUUAUUUUUCACCUGCUGAUUUAUCGAGGCAAUACGCUGUUGUUCAGCCAAUUCUGCAGAGAGGAAGCAAGCGUUCAAUGAAAAAUGCGGGAAUUCUCCGCUUUGGCCUUGUUUUUAUCCAUCGUUUUACUGUCAUAGUGAGGAAUGCCGGGUGGUGUAGAUUGUCAAUGUCAUCGCUCCGAUCAAGUGCACCUUGUGAGCCGCCAGCGCCGCAUCAACAAGCAUCACGACCACCACCCGACGGGGACAUCGACACGACGCCUCUGAGUCCGCUGCUCUCCUCCGGCUUGUGACAUGACAGCCCGGGGAAGAAAGAAGAGGAUCAAGCGGCACAGACCUGCAAAGCGGACGUGUGGAUUUGAAUACAAAGGCCGCGGGUAACAAUCAUUUUGAGGGGCUGGAGCCCACGGAAGCCCCGACUGCAAGAGAGGGCAGUGCCACACAGACACCGACAGGCUACACCUGCGAUACGAGACAUAGAGAGGAUCCCAUAUCACCAACUGCUGUUAUUUCAUCUGUUCCCCUAUUCCAAGAUCAGGCCACCUAUCUGUUUUGUCUUCGUGCGUAAAUGUGGAUGGAACUGAUUGCGUUUUUGGAUAAAAUGCAUUGACUAAUGUGCCAUUUUAACUAUAGCGUCUGGAUUCAAUGGGACGUGACAGAGAUUGAUGACACAUUUAUCCCAAGUCCACAGUGUUAUCAUCCCGUCAAGUCCCCCUGACUAGAACCCUAACCUCAUCAUGGGCUGCAUACAGAGCAUCACCUGUAAGUCGCGCAUCAAACGUGAAAACAUAGUGGUCUACGACGUUUCCGCCACUAUCGACCACUGCCCAACAAUCAUUGAGGAGAACUCGCCUAUAGUGUUGCGCUACAAGACGCCCUAUUUCAAGGCCUCUGCACGGAUAGUGAUGCCCCCUAUUCCCCGUAAUGAGACUUGGGUGGUGGGUUGGAUCCAGGCAUGCACCCAGAUGGAAUUCUACAACACCUACAACGACAUCGGCAUGUCUAGCUGGGAGCUACCAGAGCUGUGUGAGGGUCUUGUGAGGGCCAUCAGUGACUCAGAUGGGGUGAGCUACCCCUGGUACGGCAACACCACCGAGACGGUCACCCUGACGGGGCCCACCUCCAAGCCCUCUCGCUUUACCGUCAGCAUGAACGAUAAUUUCUACCCCAGUGUGACCUGGGCAGUGCCCAUCAGCGACAGCAACCUUCCCCUGCUCACCCGCAUCAAGAGGGACCAGAGCUUCACCACAUGGCUGGUGGCCCUCAACACGGCCACGCGGGAGAAGAUCCUGCUGCAGACGGUCAAGUGGCGGAUGAGGGUGGACAUCUUGGUGGACCCCUCCAUGCCCCUGGGCUCCAGAGCCACCCUGACGGGCCGGACGCACCAGGACCAGCCCCGCGUCCUAACCCGCAUGGAGCCUAUCCCCCCCAACGCCCUGGGGAGGCCCAACGCCAACGAUGCCCAGGUGCUGAUGUGGAGGCCCAGGAAGGGCCCGCCUCUGGUGGUCAUCCCUCCUAAGUAGAGAAGGAAGGAGAGAGGGAGGGGAGGUGGAACUAUGGGUCCGGACAUCCAGCCAUGAUGAGAUCAAUAUGGACAGCUGCCUUAAAUCUCCACCACUGCCUUUGAGUAGAGCGGGAGAAGACCAUUGCCUGGAUCGGGUAUAAAUACAGGACAGACCCACAGACGGAUCCCUGCCUUAAUAAAGUCAUUUGGCUCGAGAAGCAAGGACGACUUGUGGGUGUGCCAGGCCCAGCAGGCUUCAGAGUAGGCUACACUCCAGGGGAGCAGCCCGUAACCUAUCGCACACCAUACUGCCUCACCGAGAUGACAGAGCAGCCAUCUUUAAUCACAGAUUGCUCUGGGUCUAUGACAGUGAUGUAGAGGGCUGUAUCUCAAACUGGAGCCCCAUUACUCUUUGGCUCUGGUUAAAGGUAAUGCAGUAUGUGGAGAAUGCGUUGCCAUGUGAGACUAGCCCAAGGUGUGAGAGGCACAAGAGUACAUGUAUGUGGCUUUAUGGGUAUAAUACAGGUGGUAUUGAGGUGUAUAGUGUAUUUUAUAUGUAAGAACAAAGAUUGUGGUACAUUUAAAGUCAGCCUUCAUGCUCAGUACAGUUACAGAAAGGGAUGGAUGUGUUACUGGGAGAGGGGAAAGACAGGGUCUCUAAAGCAAUCUACAGCAGCCCCAAUGAGAACAGCAGUGUAGGCCAGGCCAGGCCAGGUAGUAGAUGAGUUUCAUUACAAACGCUAUUAUAUUCAUUUUCAGAAAUGUUGGUAAGUGAGCUUUUAUUGUUUAAAGAAAUAUUGAAAGAGAUUUAUGUGUUUUUUCACUAUCUAAUCAUGGCAUGUUCAAUGACAGACAUGCAUUUGUUUAAAUCUAUCACUUGAUGGUUUCAUUUCAGAGAGACAAAUUAUAUUUUUGUUGUGCAAAAUGCUAUAUAUCCACCUCACUCUCUGAGAAAUAAGUAGUUACGCUAGGUUUUAUAGAAUGAAAUGUAACAAAUAGCUACAUUUUUAAUAAAGAAAUGUACAAAUGAUA